AUGGCUCUCUUCCAGGACACCUCCUCGUGUACCCUCCAGACCGAAGUGACACAAGGUCCCUAUUAUGUCAACGGGGAGCUCAUCCGCCAAAACCUCACCGACGGUCAAGAUGGUGUACCGCUUGUACUAGAGAUCCAGAUCAUUGACACCUCAACAUGCGAACCUGUGCCCGCUCUAUUUAUGGACAUCUGGAACUGCAACUCCACAGGAGUCUAUAGUGGAGUAAUAGCAAACGGGAACGGGAACAGCAACGACACAGGCAACUUGAAUACGACUUUCCUACGGGGAAUCCAGCAGACUGAUGCGUCUGGGGUGGUGCAGUUCGAAACAAUCUUCCCAGGUCAUUAUACUGGACGAGCUACCCACAUCCACCUCUUAACCCACAAUCAGAAUUCCACCACGAUUCGACUCAACGACACCCUUCUUGAUGCCAACAACUCCGGUCCCGUCCACGCCUCUCAUGUGGGUCAACUGUUCUUCGAUCAGUCCCUCAUCUCGGAGGUCGAAGCACUGGAGCCUUAUGCUUCAAACAGUCAGGCACUCACAUUGAGCUCCGAAGAUAUGAUCCUAGCAUCCGAAGGGAACGCCACUGAUCCGUUCGUCCAGUAUCUCCUGCUGGGGGAUUCGGUCCAAGAUGGGAUUCUGGCUUGGAUCAGCGUAGGCAUUGACAUGACGCAGAGUCAGGAGGUGACUGGAGCGACGACGUAUUAUGAAACAGGCGGUAUGGCGAAUGCUGAUAAGUCUAUGGGCGGUGGGCCGGGUGGAAUGGCUGAUGGGAGUGGAGGUCCGCCCGACGGUCUGAAUGGUUCCUCCCAAAUUGGGGCAAUGUCUCCUUCCGGCUCGAGUAUGUUGUGA